AUGCUGAGGGAAUACAGGAAUGGCAAGCAGGACCGUGCACAUGGGCAGCAAGUGGGCAUACCGCUGCACCUGUGCAUCAACUGUGCUAGCCUAGAAGUGGAUCACGACCCCUACUGUGGGGUCCGCAUCGGAGAAGCUGCUCACCCAGGACCGAGUGGUGGAGCAGCUAGAGCAACGGCCCGGCGAAGGGCUGAGCGAGACGACGAUGAAGAGAUGGAGGGUGCUGAUCUUGGCAGUGGCAUGGGUGGCCUGGCUGAGAUGCUGCGACCUCUCCUUGAACGCAUGAUUCGUCAGGUUCUUAAGGAACUACUUGGUGGCGGUGCGCUGAAGCAGAUGGUGGCUGGGAUGCUGGCCACGUCUCCGGCAAGCUCCUUGCUGAGCUCUACUACGACCCCUCAGCCUGUGGGACAGGCUCUUGGUGAUGACGCCAGGGAACGAUGGCGAAAGCGCAGGCGCCGUGGAGAUGGCGAAGAUGGCGGCGAGGACCCGAAGGGCAAGGGCAAGCAAGCUGGUGGCGAGAACUUGAAGGGCAAGGGCAUGGACGCUGGUGGGUCCCCCUCUGCCAAGGGCAAGGGCAAAGAUUUUAGCGAGAACCUGAAGGGCAAGGGCAUGGACACUGGUGGGACCCCCUCUGCCAAGUGCAACGGCAAAGAUACUGGUGGUGCUGGCCUGACGAAGGGCAAAGCCAUGGAUGGCAAAGGCAAGAGCGGCGGCGACCCGAAGGCCAAGGGCAAGAAUGCUGAUGAGCCAAGGGGUGGUGGCAAGCCUAGUGGCGACGGCGAAUGGAUCACAGUUGGCCCCCGUGGCGGUGGUGAUUGGCAGCUCCGUCCGUCGGAUUGGACGGACCCUUUGCUUUCCUAUGAGGAGUUGGUGCGACUGGCUGCGGAAGCUACUACCGUGGUCAGGGCCGUCGCGAAGGUGAGCGAGGAGCAGAAGGACAUGCUUGUGUCCCUCUUCCGUGGGUCUGGUCGGGCCCAUGCUUUGCUACUGGUGGAGCUGAAGCAGGUACCUGACUCUGAGCGGUGCCCAGGCACACAAGGGGGCAAGUUGACCUUCAAGCAAGUUUGCUUUACGAGGGCUUGCUCGACUGGCGUUGAGCCUCCGGGACCCAAGGUGAAGGCCGCAAAUUCCAAGGUGGAGUUGCAGCGCAGCUCGGUGAUCUUUGUGCGCUUUGUCCAGCGCUACAUGGACAAGGAGGCUUGGAGCUCUGCUUUGAAGAUGCCGCAGAAGGCCUUGCUUGCCCACCUGAGCAAGCAUCGGCUGAAGGCCAUGGACACAUGGGGCUGGGUCGUUGAGGCUGGGCCUGGUGGCGAUGGGCAGCAGGUCUUUGGAAAGUGCCGGCUUGCUGAUGGCGAUGUGGCCACACUAUUGGCCACGAGUGGCAGUGGUGCUUUCUUCGAUCCCAGCCGGAGCUUCAAUAUGGGGACGGUGGUGACCGAAUGGCAGCAGCAGCAGGACCGCGAAGGCAAUGCAGCUUACCUGGCUCGUUGCCUGACUCUUCCGGCGGACUACGGCUUGGUGGUGGGCCGCAAGCAACUGGGCAAACGGGUUAAGCACGACCCGAGCGUCCCGGUUCAAAGGCUCUGGCUUGCCGAGGGCGUUCCGUCCGUCGUCACCGCGGACCAGCUCAGUACGGUCCUUGGGACGGUCUUUGAAGGUGUGGAGAUGAUCCAUCAACGAAGGCGCGGAGGCUGCAACAAUUUCACCUUCCGUGCCAAAACGGCUGAACAAGCCGACAGUAUGGCGAUUCCCUUGAUCUACGGUGAUGAAAGCAUCACGCUUUGGGUUUGGCACGCGCAGGAGAUCCGCACUUCUGGUGCAUGGUCGUUGUUGGGGCCUCGGUCCCCUUUUGGCAGCGAGCCGAGGGCUGAUGCGCCGGAGGUUCCACCGGGCCUUGACGAGGAGGAGGCAGAGCACGAUGCGGACACGACGGCGGCGGGUGCGCCCGCGGAGCAGAAGGAGGCUGUGGACGGCGAGGCCAAGGACAAGAAGGAGGACUCGAACAAGAGGGGUCCCCGGAUCAAUGGGCCGGCUACGAAGAAGGCGGCGGCGGCUCUUCAGGGAAAGCAGCGUGCGCUGCCGGAGGGUGCCACAAUCACCACUGUGGAGAAGGACGGCAACUGCUUAUUUGCCAGUCUUGCUCUUGGCUUGAACAAGCUGCAGAAGGGCGACAACGAGAAGCAGUGGUCUGCAGCUGAAGUCCGUGCGAAAAUUGCGGUGCAUUUUCGCAAAAAUGAGGCCCGAUACGAUGGCUCCUGGGAUCGGGAAAUGCCCGAUCGGACCCAGGCCAAGGACUGGUCCACCUACGUGGCUUCCAUCGAAACCGACAAGGUUUGGGGAGGAUUGAUGGAAUUGCGUGGGGCCUCUCGAGUUUUCGAUGUGAGAGUGAUCGUUUUCCCGCAGAGUGAAUGGCAAGAGCCUUUUCAUCUUCAUUCUCAAGCGCGCAAACGUGUCAUCUGUCUAUAUUUUACAGGCAGUCACUAUGACCUCAUUGAAGGCACGGAUGGAGGUCUCCCGAAGGCCAUCCUCGGCAUCAAAGGGGCCCCGGAGGCGGUCCCUAUGAGAGGGGGCGGCGAGGGUGAUGCCACGCCGGCGUCGGUUUGGACUGACGGUGCCAGUGAUGCGGCUUCGGUGUGGACGCGAUCCUCCAGAUCGACUUCCAAGCGGAGUGCGGCGGUGCGAUCAGGGCCGGCAGCUUCGGCACUGUCGGCUUGGACUGGGGCUGGCCAGGGGCCCUCUGUUGUGGCGGGGGCGCAGCGCACUUUCUCCACGGCGUCUGCGGGCACCGGGGCUGCUGAUGAUGUCUGUGUGGCCGACUUUCUGGAUGAGGAGGUGACGGCGGCUCCCAAGAAUAGCUUGGUGGCCUACUACCGCAGGGGCACGUCGCGCAAUCCUUCCAAGGUCAAGGACGGCGACUUCCAGGAGAAGUGUGAGUAUUGCGCUCAGGUCUUCAAGGCCAAGACGGCGACACAGCUGAGUCACCGCAGGUACGAUCAUUACCGAGCGUGGCAUCCGGAACUCCCUCGAUGCCAUACGCGUUGUACGCCUGAGGCUCGCAUUUGCAGGCUGGCCAAAAGUGCGCCGGCAGACUGGCGGUGCCCUUUGUGCUCCUUUGGUGUUCCGCAGGGUGAGCUGGCUAAGGUUUCGCAGGGCAAGUUCACGAAGGCGAGGGAGGCACACCGGGUGCGCUGUCAUGCCACUGUGACGGCGGCACAGUUUGCCAUCAAGUGCCGUGCCCAAGGGAUCCGAGCCCCUGCCGUUGUGUCGAAGCGUCGCACCAAUGCUUUGAAUCGUGGAUUGGGCAAGCGGCUUCGUGCUGCUGCGGCCUCCUCGAUUAUUGCCUCGAAGCUGCGCCCCUUUACGUGGCCCGUGAUUCGGGGUGCAAGCAAGCAGUAUCCUGCCAGGAUUGCGCUCCAUGCUGCUUGGAGAUGUGUGCAUUGCGUCGGAUGUUUUCGAAAUUUACGGGUGGCCCAGCGCCACAAGUGCACCGGGACUCUGGAGUGGCGGUGCCCACACCAUGUUGAGCGGCUCUUCGAUGCAAUGAUCGAGCUCGCCACCCUGAACAUAGGCAAGGCGGGCGCGGCCAAGGUGAACGCAUUGGCCGACAUCAUGUUUGACGAUUCUUUUCCAGUUACAGUUUUGUGUGUGCAGGAGCCCGACCUCGACGAGCCUUCGGCACCGACUUUCCUGGCUAUGCUUCGUGGCCGGGGAUUGCACGUUUUUCUCAGCCCGGUGGACAACGGCUUGUACAGGUGCGCUGUCCUGGCUAAGGUGGCGGGUCGUGCAGUCAACUUGUGCAGCGGACGGCUGGCGGCGGCCACUUUUGAGUUUAUGAGGGGCGACUGCUUAACGAAGGUGGUGGUGGCCUCGUUUUAUGGUUGUGCAUGGAACAGUGAAGUUGCAAUGCAAGGGGCGAUGGAUGCGGUGGAGCAGCUCAAGCUUACGGGUUCUCCAUGGGUGCUGCUGGGUGACUUUAACCUGGAGCAGUUCUCUGAGCCCAUGGCGGCAAACUUGGCUUCUGGCUUUGCUUGGGCUUGGGAUGAUGGUUUCCAGGGCUCGGGGCCACUGCCGGCCACACGUGUCUCUGGGCGGAGGUUGGACUAUGCCCUGGCUUGUGGGCGCUUCUUUCCGACUACGGUGCGGCAGCGCUGGACCUUCUCGGAUCAUGCUCAGGUUGCCUACGAGCUGGACUUGACGGACCCGGUGGAUCAUAGAGGGCCGGCUUUUCGGGGCCUGUCUUCGACGAGCUCGGUGACUGAGGCACACUGGCUUUCGGCAGCGCUGGAGGACGGAGACUUGGAUGGUGCAUGGUCGUUGAUUUCUGACGUGGCCGAGGACCUCCUCGGCGAGCCGGGUGCGAGCGGUGCGAGGCGCUCUACCUCGUGGCGGCCAUUGUUGCGGGCUCACCCUCGGAGUCGCGCUGCUGGUGCCCAGGACUCCUUGGUGCUGGUCCGUCUCCGUCGGCUUCAGAGGCGGGUGGCUCAGCUCGGGCAUCGUCCUGGCGAUCGACGGCUUCGGGAUCGGGCGGCGCACUUGGCUGUUGACUUGGUGGAUCAGGUGCCGUGGCUUGCGGAGUUGCCCUACUUUGAGAUGGAGGCUUGGAGUGCUUGGCUCGAGGAGCGGAUUCAGGAGGAGGAGGCUCGACGCAAGACGGCGACCCUUGCUGCUUGGCGUGGGAGGAUGGAUUCUUCUGAGCCCUGCCUUUUGUCGUGGAUCAAGCGGCGGGAGCAGCUGAAUGUGGAGAUGGAGCGGCCUCAGCUCGGUGCUCAUGAGGUUCGGGAGUGCAAGGCCAUCCACCCGACCCAGGUGCUGAAGGAGUCGGAGGAGGCCUGGAUGCGAUUGUGGGGGCGCCGGGAGGUGACUGGGCGUGUGGGCCAGUUGCUGUCGCAGCAUCCUCAGCUUCCUGAGUUUUUGUGGCGGCCCACCUUCACUGCGGAGGGCCUUCGCAAAGCUGGCAAGGAGAUGGCACAAAAGGCGGCGGGACCAGACGGUUGGUCUACCUCUUCGUGGUGUUUGCUUCCGGAUGGCUUCUGGCAUGCGCUGGGCAGGCUCUGGACUAGAGUGCUUGACUUGGGGGCCACGCCGGCCCUUUGGCGUCGCGGCCGUGUUGUGCUGGUACCCAAAAUGUCCGGUGGGCACAGACCGCUCACCAUACUGCCGUGUGCAUGGCGGGUGGGCUGCCGGCUCUUGAUCCAGCAACUGGCCGAGUGGAUCGACACAUGGGCCACUCACCGCACUCUGGGAGGUGUGUGCAAGAGAGGUGUCCGGGAUAGCUUUCUGAGGAUUGUGGACUCCCUGGAGCAAGCUCCUUUGUAUGUCCAGGAGGACCUCACAAAGUUCUUCGACGGCAUCCGGAUGCCGGACCUGGUGCUCACUUUGGAGCGACUGGGUGCGCCGCGCAUGGCGCAUGUGCGGCUGCUGCAGAGCUUCUACGGCGACCAUAGUCGGGUCUUCACGGUGGUGCCAGGUGCACUGCGCAUUGCCCAGGGCUGCCCUCUUUCUCCAGUACUUGCUGGUGCCAUCAUGGCCAUGUGGUCCUUUGUGACGGAGCGUGGUGCUGAGGACGAGGUCUCGACGAUGAGUUUCGUGGAUGACCGACUGCUGUGGGCUGGCUCACCUCGGCAGGUUUUGGCGGCCAAACAACGCAGCCGAGACUUUGAUGAGGCGUACGGUUUUAGCUGUGAUAAGCUCAAGAGCCGCUUCGUGCACAACAGGCCGCGUGAGGAGGUGACUGAGUUGUGCGAGGCCCUGGACUACGAGGUCUCUGACUGCCUUUCUCUGCUUGGUGUGGUUGUGCCGCUCGACGUGAUGCAGCGGCCGGUGCUCAAGGAGUUCGACCUGCAGAAGGCCCUGCGGAGGCUCCGGUUGAUCAAUGUGGCAGCCCGUGGCUUGGAGCGUAAGAAGCGCAUGCUCACUGUGUUGGUUGUUCCGAUGCUGACCUGGGCUGGUGGCUUCGCCUCAGUACCCCCCGGGAUGCUUCAGGAGCUUGUUGCAAGUUUUCGCUACAUGCUCGGCAAGGAACUUGCGGUGGACACUUCGUGGCUUUUGUGCUGUGAGAUCUGCGGAUGGGAGGUGCAUCCGGGCUACGCGGCGGACCUUUCGGCCCUCAGGCAGGCAGUGCAGGUCCACUCCCGGGUGCCGGUGUGGAUUGAAGAUGCUCCGCUACGCUUGGUGACAAAAAGGUGGCCUCAGCUCCUGCCCUUUGCGAUCGAGAUCCUCACGAGGCUGGGCUGGUGGCAUGGUCGUGACGGGCGCCACUUCUACCGGCGCGACUCCUACGGCCAGACUCGCUGCUUCGAGCUCGGGGUGGACACCUUUGCUGUUGUGGAGGAGUGGCUUCGUGAUGUGUACCGGGUGCAGGGACUUAGUCAAUGUGGUCGUGUUACUCGGUCUCUUCGGAGGCGAGAUGCAGAUGAUGCCAACUUGGCCCAAGGACUGGAUCUUCCGGGACCUGCGGCUGGCAGCUUGGUUACUUUUGAGGGCCACAAGUGGGCCUGGCGAAGUGCUAAGUCUACUUUGGAGCGUCGGUGUGCCAUGGUCACAGGUUGCACUGCGUGGCACAAGCAGGCCCUGCGUAAGAAGCUUGGCGAGGCGGCUCCUGACUGCCUCUGCGGCGGUCGUCUCCCCUCGAGGCCUCACCUUCUUUGGAACUGCAGUCGGACCGCUGACUUGGUCGCUGGCAUUCAGCUGCCGACCAACAGACUUCAGGAGCGGUUCCUGGCGAGGGCUGUGCCGGAGAUCCCUGUCGUUCCCCUGGUCGUGGACUAUGACGGCUAUGUGAGUGACCUUGCUGAGGUGUUGCAGGCUUGCUUGACGGCUGAGGGCGAAGUGCUCCUGGCGACGGACGGCAGUGUUGUCGACACGGUCUCGGCCUGGGCGGUGGUGUUGGACGAUGAUCGUGGCACCUUCUCGAUGGGUGUGGAGGCGGAGGACCAGAGCCCACAUCGUGCAGAGGCGGAGGGCAUGCUGGCGGUGGUUCGUGCGCUGCAUCGCUGCACGGCUGCCGGGCGUGUCCAUCUUCUUGCGGACUGCCAAUCUGCCAUGGCGACUUUGCAUGGUUGCGGGAGCACCCAGGUGUUCUCUCGUCAUGCCUUGCAGCUGCAGGCGGAGAUGCGGGACAGGAUUGAGAUCCUUUGGUGGUGGGUGCCUUCACAUGGCAAACUGGCUAAUCACCAGUGGCGCUGCCCGCCGUGUGGUGAGAUGAAGGCUAGGGCUUUGAAUGCUGCUGCGGAUCGUGCUGCUCGCACUCGUGCUGUGAUGCGGGCUCAAGGAAGCGAUCGCCAACGGUGUGUACGGCUUCGUGAAGAUGCUCUGAAGUGGGAGAAGACGGCGCAUCUGGCCUUUCGCCAGGUCGCCACACGCUGGGCUGAGGCCUAG